UUAACUUGCUUUGUUUUCGUAAUCUGUGGCAUUUGCGCUACUCAUUUUAUUAUCUGUCAGUUCUAAAUAUAAACAUAAUUUAUAAAUUAGAAUAUUGAGUGGUAUAGAAUAAGUAAUUUUCUAUGUGUUUAAAUGUUCAGUAUACCUGCUGAAAAACUUCCAGACGUUUUAAAAGAUGAAAAAAGAAUCAACGUUAUAUUUGCACCUCUUAGGAACAAAACUGUCAAUCCAAAGGACUGGGAAAAUAAAAUAUCAUCCUGGAAAACUAUUAUAAAAAUUUAUUGCGAUACGCACGAUGUUUAUUCAUUUACAUUGUCAUCUCUGAAUAAUGUAUUUAUUAGAAAUGGAAGGCCCCCAAGUUGUCUUCGUGAAGUCAUUACAGAAAUGGCUAAAGACGGAGAGAUACAAAUUAUGGAGGUUUUCUUAAAGAAGAGUUCUGAAAGCUGGAGUGGUUGGGCAACGGAUAUUUUAAUCAAAAGGCCAUUAUCUUGGUCUUACAAUAAACUAAAAAAUACCCUAUUUACAGAAAUUGAUCAUGAUUGUGCAUAUGUACAUUUAAAUGUAGUAAAUUCAAAGUGUGAUACUCUAUUAUCACGUAUACCAGAUAAUUUCAAAAAUAAAUUGAUAAGUCUUAAAGAUUUGCUAACCAUCUUGGAUAAAAAAUCUACUGAUGUUGAUAGUAUUAAAUUACUCCUACAUAAUUUGACAAAUCAACAUAAAUUGGAUACUGUAAUAUUAAAUGAUAAGAAUAAGAAAGAUGUACUUGAAACGGUGCUUAUAAAAUUUGCUAAUGGUGAAAAAGUUCAUCCAGUAUCAGAAAUUGAUAUUGGUAUAUAUACUCUCGAGAAAAAUGAAAAGGUAAUUUCUAAAAACAUUGAAAAUUUGGAAGAUGAAAUACAGAAGUGUAUUAAUGAAGCGAAAAUACAUCUAUCAAAAAAUCACAGGCAAAUGGCUAAAACCGCUCUUAGAAAAAAACAUGAAUUAGAAAAGAGAGUAGAAAAAAAAGCUAAUGCUUUACAUAAUAUUCAAACUUUAUUGGAACAAAUACAUGAAACACACACUGACGCUCAUGUUUGGGAAGCUUAUAAAAACGCCCUCUCUGCAUUUAACACGACUUUUAAAGAUACUGGAAUGACGGAAGAUGUAAUAGAAGAUACAAUGAUUCGCUUAGGAGAUGUGUUAGAAAUGCAUAAUGAUAUACAAACAGCUCUGGCCAGGCCAGCAGUAGAAACAGAUGACACCGACUUGGAGGAAGAAUUGGCUGAACUGAUAAAAGACGAUGCUAAUAACCCACCACCAGAUGAUAGUGGAAUUACUAGUGAUUUAGAAAAUCAGUUACAAAAAUUAACUCUAAAUUUGCCAGAUGUGCCCGAUAAGAGUCCUAAUGUGUCGAUUAAAGAAUUGUCAACAAAUAAUUAAUUGCUUUUAGAUACUACACAUAAAUAUUAUACUUACGCUUCCUUUUAUUUUUUUCUGUAAAUAUUAA